ACCAGCCGAGCGAGCGGCGGCCCCGGCUCCUCCUCGUCCGGCGCCAGCAGCCCGCGCCCCGCGCCCGCACUCGGCCAGCCGAGACCCGCCUCCCGCCCGCCUGCCGGCCUCGUGAGGGACGCGCCGAGCCGGGCGGCCGAGAGCGGCGGCGGCUGGGAGCGCGUCGGGCCCGGGCGGAAAGUGCCUGCGGGGGGCGGGCGAGCGCGCGGUGCCGGCCGCCCCGGGGCUCGGCGCGGGAGCCAGAGCGGGAGCCGGCGCGGAGCGGGACGCCGGGUCCCGAGCGGCCCGCGGCCGGGGCUCGCCCCCGCCCCUCCCUCCUCUCCGGCGGCGGCGGCGGCGGCGGCGGGCGGAGUGAGCUGCGGAGCCUGGAAUAUGGUCGGGGAAAUGGAAACGAAGGAGAAGCCGAAGCCCACCCCAGAUUACCUGAUGCAGCUGAUGAACGACAAGAAGCUCAUGAGCAGCCUGCCCAACUUCUGCGGGAUCUUCAACCACCUCGAGCGGCUGCUGGACGAAGAAAUUAGCAGAGUACGGAAAGACAUGUACAAUGACACAUUAAAUGGCAGUACAGAGAAAAGGAGUGCAGAAUUGCCUGAUGCUGUGGGACCUAUUGUUCAGUUACAAGAGAAACUUUAUGUGCCUGUAAAAGAAUACCCAGAUUUUAAUUUUGUUGGGAGAAUCCUUGGACCUAGAGGACUUACAGCCAAACAACUUGAAGCAGAAACCGGAUGUAAAAUCAUGGUCCGAGGCAAAGGCUCAAUGAGGGAUAAAAAAAAGGAGGAACAAAAUAGAGGCAAGCCCAAUUGGGAGCAUCUAAAUGAAGAUUUACAUGUACUUAUCACUGUGGAAGAUGCUCAGAACAGAGCAGAAAUCAAAUUGAAGAGAGCAGUUGAAGAAGUGAAGAAAUUAUUGGUACCUGCAGCAGAAGGAGAAGACAGUCUGAAGAAGAUGCAGCUGAUGGAGCUUGCGAUUCUGAAUGGCACCUACAGAGAUGCCAACAUUAAAUCACCAGCCCUUGCCUUUUCUCUUGCAGCAACAGCCCAGGCUGCUCCAAGGAUCAUUACUGGGCCUGCGCCGGUUCUCCCACCAGCUGCCCUGCGUACUCCUACGCCAGCUGGCCCUACCAUAAUGCCUUUGAUCAGACAAAUACAGACCGCUGUCAUGCCAAACGGAACUCCUCACCCAACUGCUGCAAUAGUUCCUCCAGGGCCCGAAGCUGGUUUAAUCUAUACACCCUAUGAGUACCCCUACACAUUGGCACCAGCUACAUCAAUCCUUGAGUAUCCUAUUGAACCUAGUGGUGUAUUAGGUGCGGUGGCUACUAAAGUUCGAAGGCACGAUAUGCGUGUCCAUCCUUACCAAAGGAUUGUGACCGCAGACCGAGCCGCCACCGGCAACUAACCUAUGACCUUCUGACCUCUGAACUCUUCACCCAAUGAUGACCUGACCAUGCCUGCCUGCUGAUCAGUUAACUGGUAAUCGCCUUUGCUUGCCUGUCGUCAGUGCAGCGAGCUGAGGCACUUGUCCGUUCGUCUUACCAUCUAACCAAACAAAAGACAAAGAAAUUGUCCUCCAACUCAGCUAUUUUUUUUUUUUUUUUUUUCUUCCUGUUUGGGUGAAAGUGGUUCUAGAACCUGCACUGAAUAGUAGUAAAGCAAUAAGGCCCAAUUCAUUCCACAGCACUGAUCAUCUUUUAAUAUCCCACCCUAAGCGAACGGUAAGAAGGCCUCUCUUAAGAAGGGGAGACAGAUGGCCCUUAACUAACUACUCAAUGACAGAGGCAGUUACUGUGAGAGACUUCUAGGAAUCUUUUUCUUCUCAUAGCGAAGUCAAAGCUCUCUCUGAAUGUACUGUGUGAUGAUGCAUCAUGCAUGAACCUUCGGUCAGGGAUAUCAUUGGUGAAGUGAUUUCAAAAAGUAUUCAAAAUUUGAUAUGCUGUUUAGUCACUACAGUGCCCUCAAAGGGCAGAAGUUGCAGCCUUUUUUAUAUUGCCUGCCAAAAUUUGAAGUAUUAGAAGAAAGUGUGCCAUGAGAGAAAAACUUAAGGAGUUUUGAAAAGUAAUGCAAAUAACAAAACUGCAACACUAUUUUUAAAAAGAUAAAUAUCUGAGUUAAAAUUACUGAAUCUUUAUUUUACACCUAAAAAAAUAUGAGAACAAGGUACAUGCAUUAUGUGUCACAUUACUGGGCAAACUGUUCAAGUAUUUUUUUUUUAAGCCUCCCUGUAUAGAAAAAAAUCAUUAAGGAUGUAAAAGCCAUGCUUGCCUAUUUGCUGUAUACAUGUAAUGAAAUUGUAGAUAAAGUGUAGUGCAUUGAAACAAAUGAACAAAAAGUAGAUACUUUUACUAUACAAGGGUGCUGGUGCAGAAAAAAUAUAUAUAUUUUUGGAAAUGUAGCAUUUUAUACUUUCAAGUGUUAUAAAAAAAAAAAGAAAAAGAACAAAGAAACCCUUUAUUUCAUUAAAUGAUUUUUUCUGGUGGUUGUCAAGAAACAAAAGACCAAAAGAGCCUUUUUGUCUUUCUUUUUUAUUUUUUAAGUAUUGGAAUAAGUCUAAAGAAAAGAAAGUGCCUUAUUUUCCUUCAUGGUCAUUUAGUCAAGUGUCUCAUAAAGAUCAGCUCCUCCCUCAGAAUACAAGUUAAUGCAUGUUACUCAGUCGCCCAGUAUGUGAAAGAAGAUAUGAGGGAGACAAAUGAGUUGAUGGUUUGAAUUAUAUGAUUUUUGCCACGUUACCUUGAUGCAAAUUUGCCAAAUCUGAUACUGUGAAAAGAUUUGAUAACUUUUCUAAUGCCUGACUAGUAAGUUUUAAAACAUAACUCUUUAAAAAAAUAGUUUAAUACUUUUGGUUAUUCCAAUCUUCAAUGUUAACCCAAAGGAUUCUGAGAUAAAAAUUAUGUGUCAUCUAAACUUGCGUUUACAGACAAAAUUAGAGCUUUGUUUUAUUUGGAGAAGGGGGAUGCAUUCAUUUGGUUUUGUUUUUUGUUUUUAAUUAAUUGGAGAUAGAUAAUAGGAUACCUAGCAAAUGUUUUCACAAAAGUGAAUCUUUGUGAUUUUCAUUCUAGAAAACAAUGUUUUAAAUCACCCAAAUUUAAUCACAUGUCUUUAUAUCAUACCAGAUAACUGGUGUAGUGUAUCCUUUUACUGUUUCAGUAACCUCUGCCUCCCCCAUCCCUUAACUUUAAAAGAAUGUGAAAAAUUAGCAUCAUAGUGCAUAUAAAUACUCAACCACAUUUCAGCUUAAGCUUCUAAUUUCUCAAGAAGUUGAAACAGUUAGUUAUGUAGUUGAAGCAAUUUCUGUGCAAAGCCUACAUCUAAACACUUGAGUGAAUAAUCAUUAACUGCUCAGUACCAGACGUGGCAAAUCUCAAGUGACAGUGGACUCCCCCCCAGCUUAUCAACUCGUCCCCUCUUCACACCUUCCCAGCAUCACAGUCAGAGGUCAGCAGGAAACCUUCUUGGUGGCCUCCCCCGCCAUCUUGUGUCACUUGGAAACCAUUGUCAGUUUAUUUACUAUGCAAUAGACAUUCACUGUUUUGUAUCCAGCUAGCUUUGGUUUAAUAUGCCACUGCUUUGUCUUGCUGUUACACAUACAGUUUUGAUUUAUUUACAAUAUAUGCUGUGCCAUUUUGAUUUUUAUAUUGUUUGGUUGGUUGAAUAAAUUUGCGACACUCAAACACUUGAGGUGAUAGUUGUUAAAAACAAUACCAGUAUUUGAUCCAGUUUCAUCUCAACUAUGUUAUACCUGGACAUUUUAGAUGUUUAUCAAAGGUCUUUUAUGGGGAAGAAAGUAAAUGUAUGAAAUAAUAAAUGUGUGACAUUUAUAGGUAAUGUUGGCUCUGAACAAACUUUUGAAAACUUGGUUGACAAAAUUUUGGAUCAACUGAAAAAAGCAUGACUUUUGAAAUCUCUGAAUGCCUUGGUUCUCAGUAUUAUCAUUCUUUAUUGAAUUUAUUUCUUAUUAAAAUAUGUAGUUUUUAAGACUUUUUUUCUGACAGUAUUAUGUAAUUUUUUAGCGUGGGUAGAUGGGAGUGUCGCUUGUAUGUUACCGUACAGCUGACAUGUAUUUUUGUCUAUUCUUCAUUAUCUUAGUUUCAUGCUAUGUAUGUAACCAUAACCAACCUAUUGCCUAUGAGAAACAUGUAAGAUAAUGUAUUUACAGCCAUUGUUACAAGUUUAUAAUGUAUUUUUCUAUCUUGUUUUAUAUGUAUGUUAUAUAACAUUCAAAAAGAAUUUUUUUCUUGAUUGAGAAAAGGAUACAAAAUGCAAAAUCCACAAUUUUGAUAACUGAAAAUUGCCAAUUGUUUUGCAGUACUUUAUUAUAUUGGGUGUCUUGUCUUUUUUGGGCUUUUAGUUAGCUAAUGAAUGAAUACAUUAGACACUUUUGGGUUUUAGUUGGGAUUUUACAUAGCUUGCAUUUUAAUUCUUUGGUUCUUUGCUGUUUCUAUUAACCCAUAGCAUUAUUUUAAUAAAUGUUAUAAUACCAACCUA